AUGAAAAUUGACCACUCGUGUGAAACAAGACGAAUUGAUCAAAAUGAUUUGCUCAACGUCUUUGGACGAUAUGGAAAAGUAAUUGAAUGUGCAAAAUUUCAUGAAAGUUAUGGUUUUGUUCGCUAUGAUCGUAUUGAGGAUGCAUCGGUUGCAUUACAUGCAACACACGGUACAAGUUUAAAAAAUCGUCCGAUGAAAGUUGAAUUCGCGCAAAGUGAAACAUCACCAGAAAAACCGUUAUCAUCGCCACCAAGACAAAUAUCAGCUCCGGGACGGAAAAGUGGUGCUAAUCGUGUACUACGUUUUCAAACUGGCAAUGCACUUUCAAAAACGGGUAAAAAGCCAAUACAAAAACCCAAACAAAAGAUACAUAUUUGUAAAUGUUGCGUAACGUUUAAUUCGUCGUCUUGGAGCCCAACAACUCCGCCUCUCUCACCGUCAACCGCAACAUCAACAACCGUCUUAUCAUCCUCGAUGAUAUCACCUGCAUCCUCGUUAUCUUGCUGUUCUUCAAACAGUUUUUAUCUAUUUACAGAUUCAUGUUCUUCAUCGCCAACUGAUAAUAAUAGUUUAUAUCCAAUUUGGAAUUUUGUCAUGUUCCCUGAAGUUGCUUUAAAACCAGAAGAAUUAUCAACCAAUUAUUUUAUAUAG